UUAGAACUACCGUCCCUUUAAAUGUUGCAUGGCUCCCUCCCUUGAAUGAGUUACAUUAAAACAUGGCGGAGGGGAGGAACUGUGGAAACUGCCUGUGCUGAAGAAUUUCAAAGGAAAACAUACAAAAGUGACCUUUGUGGAGACGGAGGAGUGUGUACGAAGGCAGAGGAGAGGUGGGAUGACUGUUGUAUGACGCUGGGGACAUACGGGGAGACACGGCUUCUGGAUAUUGUUUUACUGCAACAGAAGAGUGGACCCGAAGCUUUUUUCGCAUAAAAAUAUAAAAAACAAAACAAUCCAGAAAUGAACGGGGUAAGUUGACUGUAACAAUUCGUCAAAUAGGUACUUUUGUUAUUUUACAAAAAAUAGGUUAGAUUAAUUUAGGACAAUAGAGGGGAGUGGACUGUUAUUUAUAUUGUAGUUAGCUAUUUGUUUAUUUGAUGAAUGUCCAACAUUACAUUAUGUUAACUAGCUAGCUAGAAUGGUUAGCUAGCUAGCUAUACGUUAUUCUCCCUACUCCAGCUAGCUACUCCUAUUGGUUGAAUAAGCGAACGGUCGAAAUAAAAAGUUCGUCGCUUUUAGUGGGCAAGAGGGAUUUGUAACUCAAAUAUACACACACGUUUGCAUGUUCUCGAAAACAUGGUUGUCACAAAUAAUGUGAUGAGUGAAGCGAUUUAGCUAACAACUAGGAGGCCCGUAUGUUGUGCGGGUGUGUUUAGUCAUAGUUAGCCAAAUUAUGUUGCUGGAUGGCGUCACUGCUAGUGUGUAUUGACACACGUCAACUCUUUUUCAUAAGAUCAGUUUGGGUGACUGCCAGACAUUACCCAACAGUUGUUAUGGUCGAAUGUCCUCGACAUUUCCUUGUGGAAUAUUAAUUUCAACAUUCUUAUGUGACCUACAUUGUUUACUUGAUGACGUCUCAACACACAAAACACCAACAACAAAUUAUUGAUGGUUUCCACCUCUUCCUUUGACAGGACAUGGUACUAAACAGCCACUCCAUCCGUCUCCUGGGCCACAGCAAGUCCAAAUCACCUGAAGAGAUGACCAUCAAACUCAUACAGGAAGGAAAGUACACUGGACGCUGCUCUAUACAGAACGAAACACAGAGGCAAGGGGAUGGUAUGUAGUGUAUAGUAGCCUAUUCAUUGAACUACUGCAGUGCAUGUCCUGUUCUUUCUAUUCAGCUCUUCUGCUUGAUUAAUUAGCUUGUUGAAUGUGCAACAGAUCUUGAUUAUUAUUUAUCCACUAAAGUUGCAAGUGUUCGAUUGUAGUGUAGCUCAGUUGGUAGAGCAUGGCGUUUGCAACGCCAGGGUUGUGGGUUUGUUUCCCACGGGGACCAGUAUGAAAAAAAAAAAAAUGUAUGCACUCACUAACUGUAAGUCGCUCUGGAUAAGAGCGUCUGCUAAAUGACUAAAAUGUAAAAUUAAUUUAUUGUAUAGGCCUAGAUCAGGGAUGGCCAAUGAUGAUGGGGGUGGGGGCCGCAAAAAAAAUCUGAACUCAUCAUGAGGAGCCGCAGUGGCUCGUGGAUCUGCGUACAAACAUCAUACCCAUACAUGCAGUUAGAGCUGACCCUAGCUUUUGGGGGUCCUAAGUUACAUUUGGUUGCAGUUUUACAGCUAAUUUCCUGCAAUUCUACACAUUUUGUCAUCGGGUGGAGAGAAAUGUUUGCAGUUUUUAAUAUGAUAUCUCAGUCAGAGUGACUAACAAAAUCAAUGGGGGCCCCCUAGUCGGUAAUUUGACCAUGAUUAGGCAUUGUAGGCCUAGAUCAAUGUGUACAUUUGGUGUAUAGACAUUAUAUGGCUUAGUGAAUACUGAGUCAAAUGUGUGUUUUACAUGAAACCUAAAACAUAGCUGCAUGAUGAGGUUGGCUUCAUCAGGCUCCAUCACUUCACCCCUCCUUCAAAAAUAAAAUCUUCUCAUCACAAGUAAGAAGGAGCUGGGGGUUUAGUCUAAGUGGCAUCUCAAUAGUCUAAAGUUACUUCCUCUUCUCGUUUCCUCUGUUUUUGACAGCCCAUUUUACAUGAAAUGUACAAAAGCAAUAUGAACGAGAUGAAGCCGCUGUAGACUAUUGACAUGCACGCUGUUAUAUCCUUAUCUGACUUCCUAUUUGCUUGCCCCACCCAGCAGCCAGGAGACUGAACUCUGAGGCGGCAUGCGUCCUGAAGCUGGCAGACAGGGAAGAGAGCCACAGCCAGUGGCCCUGCAGGACAGAAGAGAACCAGCACCAGUCCUCUCAGCAGCUUCUCCACUUCUCCCCAGUCUCCUGCCUCCGUUCCCCAGCUGAUGUCUCCUCCCCUCCUGCCCCCAGUAACAACAUCACCCACACCCUCCUUGCCAACACCACCGCUCACCUCGCCAACCAGAGGAGGGACAUCCGACGCAAGGCCAAAGGGAAGAAGUCAACACUAAGAAUGUAAGCUCUCACUGGAUGUCACAUAAAAUCUAAUUUUGUCAGGUGUUUUCAUACCUAAAAAACACUUGUCACAAUAGCUUGGGACUGUCAUAAAUGCAUGCACUAAACUGGAUCAUGUGGAUAAUUAAGUAAAAAGGGUGUAUUUGAAUUGGGAUUGGUGAACUGCAGAGUUUGUGCUUCUCCCAUGUGAACCUAUCAGGAGUGGACUGAACUGAACUUGAGGUAGUGGUGGCUUUUUGUGAGAAUUGUUAUUGAAAUGAAAAUACUACUCUUUACAUAGCAAGCGGUAAAGCUUCAUAUGAUGCCAAUUUUCCCCUUUUGUAGCACAUACAGAUGAAACAUGAUGGAGACUUAAAGGAGGCCUGGGUAAGGCCAAAAUGUCAAAUGUUCCCACUUCUAUUAAUUAUUUCUCAAUUAUGCUUUAAGAUACAAAUGUCAAAUAUAUGUAAACAAUCCUUCCUUCAAAGGACCCUUCUAUGGAUUACAUUUUGUGAGAAUCCCAAAAAUCAUGGCCCGGUUUUGUUCUAGUUUCGUGAGGAAUCACCUCUUUCAACAACACUUACAUUGUUGACUUGCCAAACAGAAUCCACUUGUCAAAACUUGUUUGGCAACCAGUAAUGGUGCGUGUGUUAAAUCACUGGGGAAGCCCCAAAUAAAAAAUAUUAUGCCAAUCGACCGUGAUAUAUAUAUAUAUAGGCCUAAAGUCCGAGAUAAUAAGAAGACAGUGGCAGAAUAAAUUCAACCACACCUUUGUUUCAUCACAAAACCGGAGAGCAACCUCUGUCCGGUGAAGUCCCCAAAACAUAUUGCAUGUAGCAAACAGUUACAUGACCUACAGCAUGGUCAAGCAAGUUAAUGUUUCCGACAUUUUCGGACCACUAAAUGACUAUUGAUUUAGAAUCACGGAGAGUUACCGCAAGUCGCAAAGAAAACAGGAGCUGCCUCCACUAUUCCAGCACCAUUUCAACAUCAUCAAAUCACCUAUGCUUAGUCUAAUACAGUGACAACUAAAAGACACCAAAAACAGUUUAGUCCAAUCAACGUAAGUUUAAUAUGAUGUGGCUGUCCAUGGUUCUGAUGUGUGUGUGCGUGCGUGCAAGUAGAAAAAACAUGUUGACCCACCCUACCUGUAGAGAAACGCCAAUGCCAUCUUCCUCUCUUUCAUGUUGACGAAAUGGUCUAUGACUCUUGUCAUACAUUACACGCUUUUAUGUUUUGUUGUCGUAGGUUACCUGGCUAAAGUGCUUGCUCGCUAGCCUAACUUCCUUUCGUGGGCAAAGUUAGCUAGUUAACAUUAGCCUUCUACAUCUAGCUACAUAUUCAACUUCCUUCCUCUCAUGCCAGGGACACAAUGUAUGAAUUAAUAGUUGGAUCAGAAUCGCCGUUAUAAUCAUUGGCCAGUAUGGAGAAUUAAGUAAAACCACAAGUCCAAAUCCCUAUCUCCUUCCAUGGCUAAUUUAGGAAAGGGCCAAUUUUUGCUAGCUAGCCACCGGAGGACAAAGUUGUUUAUGUCAGUGAUGUAUGCUCUCAAUGUGAUUUGAUAGGAGUGACGCCAAAUCCAAAGUGGCUUCCCUUGACAUUUUUAUUUUUUGGUGCGCCAGGACCAUUCACAGUUGAGCUUGCUCAGUUUAGCUCAACGCUGAUUGGCUAUUAUUUUAUACUUUUUUUUUGGCCAAAUGCUCGAUGGCUUCCCUUGCAUUCAAUACUACAGGCGGUAACAAUGUCAUACUCUUUUGGACCAUACAGCAUCAGCUCGAUGGCCUACAGAGACAGAGGGGCGCUGUUUCGCUCGCUCGGAUGCUUUCUCCGGUGAGGUACAUUCAGCCUCUUGUGAAUUGAAGGAAAAUAUGAAACACAGAGAGACUAAAUAAUUGAUUUCAUAUUUUUUGGGGGAAGCCUGGCUUCACUUCGCAUCCAUGAAUACACGCCACUGUUGGCAACAGUUACAGAUUUGCUGAAAUAGAAACAGGCUAGCAUUCAGAUACCAAUGGACUAGAGGCCUUACUGUCUUUAAACAGGGGUGUCAAACGCAUUUUGCCCCAGGGGGCCGCAUUCGGCCUUCAACGAGGUCCGGAGGGCUGCUCAGAAAAUAAUUUGAUAUAUUUCCACGGCGUCAAAAUUUGCAAAAAAUUGUCCUCUAUCCAUCGUUUUUGAAAUGUUCUAUGCUCCCUGACUGUCUAGCUUUCAUUUCUGUGAUUAUUAGCGAGCUGGACAGUCAAGAAAAUGUAUGAAUGUAGAUCCAUUAUCAGUUCUACACAGUUUCGAUUUGGUUUUAGGAAUUGUAAAGUAUAUAGUUUUUUAAAUAUUAUAUAUAUAUAUAUAUAUAUAUAUAUAUAUAUAUAUAUAUAUAUAUAUAUAUAUAUACAUACACACACACACACACACACACACACACACACAGUGCAUUCGGAAAGUACGUUACAGCGUUAUUCAAAAAAAGAAUCCUCAUCAAUCCACACAAUACCCCAUAAUGAGAAAGCAAAAACUAGUUUUUCAAAACUUUUCUUUAAAAAAUAAAAUAACUGAAGUCACAUUUACAUAAAUAUUCAGACCCUUUACUCAGUACUUUGUUGAAGCACCUUUGGCAGCGAUUAUAGCAUUGAGUCUUCUUGGGUAUGACGCUACAAGCUUGGCACACCUGUAUUUGGGGAGUUUCUCCCAUUCUUCUCUGUAGAUCCUCUCAAGCUCUGUCAGGUUGGAUGGGGAGCGUCGCUGCACAGCUAUUUUCAAGGUCUCUCCAGAGAUGUUCGAUCGGGUUCAAGUCCGGGCUCUGGCUGGGCCACUCAAGGACAUUCAAAGACUUGUCCUGAAGCCACUCCUGCAUUGUCUUGGCUGUGUGCUUAGGGUCGUUGUCCUGUUGGAAGGUGAACCUUCGCCCCAGUCUGAGGUCCUGAGCGCUCUGGGGCACGGUUUCAUGAAGGAUCUCUUUGUACUUUGCUCUGUUCAUCUUUCCUUCGAUCCUGACUAGUCUCCUAGUCCCUGCCACUGAAAAACAUCCCCACAGCAUGAUGAUGCUGCCACCACCAUGCUUCACCGUAGGGAAGGUGCCAGGUUUCCUCCAGAUGUGACGCUUGGCAUUCAGGCCAAAGAGUUGAAUCUUGGUUUCAUCAGACCACCAGAGAAUCUUGUUUCUCAUGGUCUGAGUCUUUCGGUGCCUUUUGGCAAACUCCAAGCGGGCUGUCAUGUGCCUUUUUACUGAGGAGUGGCUUCCGUCUGGCCACUCUACCAUAAAGGCCUGAUUGGUGGAGUGCUGCAGAGAUGGUUGUCCUUCUAUAAGGUUCUCCCAUCUCCACAAAGGAACUCUGGAGCUCUGUCAGAGUGACCAAUCGGGUUCUUGGUCAUCUCCCUGACCAUGGCCCUUCUCCCCCGAUUGCUCAGUUUGGCCAGGUGGUCAGCUCUGGGAAGAGUCUUGGUGGUUUCAAACUUCUUCCAUUUAAGAAUGAUGGAGCCCACUGUGUUCUUGGGGACCUUCAAUGCUGCAGAAAUGUUUUGGUACCCUUCCCCAGAUCUGUGCCUCGACACAAUCCUGUCUCGGAGCGCUACAGACAAUUUUCUGACAUGCACUGUAAACUCUGGGACCUUUAUAUAGACAGGUGUGUGGUUUUCUAAAUCAUGUCCAAUCAAUUGAAUUUAGCACAGGUGGACUCCAAUCAAGUUGUAGAAACAUCUCAAGGAUGAUCAAUGGAAACAGGAUGCACCUGAGCUCAAUUUCGAGUCUCAUAGCAAAUACUUAUGUAAAUAAGGUAUUUCUGUUUUUCAUUUAUAAUACAUUUGCAAAAUGUCUAAACCUGUUUUGCUUUUUCAUUAUGGGGUGUUGUAUGUAGACUGAGGAAAAACUAUUUAAUCCAUUUUAGAAUAAGGCUGUAAUGUAACAAAGUGGAAAAAGUCAAAGGGUCUGAAUACUUUCCAAAUGCACCGUAUGUAUACACCUACGUAUUCCAGGGUUUUUCUUUAUUUUUACUAUUUUCUACAUUGUAGAAUAAUAGUGAAGAUAUUAAAACAUAUGGAAUCAUGUAGUAACCAAAAGAAGUGUUAAACAAAUCAAAAUAUAUUUGAGUUUCUUCAAAUUGCCAUCCUUUGCCUUGAUGACAGUUUUGCACACUCUUGGCAUUCUCUCAACCAGCUUCAUGAGGAAUGCUUUUCCAACAGUCUUGAAGGAGUUCCCACAUAUGCUGAGUACUUGUUGGCUGCUUUUCUUUCACUCUGCGUUCCAACUCAUCCCAAACCAUCUCAAUUGGGUUGAGGUCGGGUGAUUGUGGAGGCCAGGUCAUCUGAUGCAGCACUCCAUCACUCUCCUUCAUGGUCAAAUAGACCUUACACAGCCUGCAGGUGUGUUUUGGGUCAUUGUCCUGUUGAAAAACAAAUGAUAGUCCCACUAAGCGCAAACCAGAUGGAAUGGCGUAUCGCUACAGAAUGCUGUGGUAGCCAUGCUGGUUAAGUGUGCCUUGAAUUCUAAAUAAAUCACAGACAGUGUCACCAGCAAAGCAUCCCCACACCAUCACACCUCCUCCUCCAUGCUUCACGGUGGGAACUAGACAUGCAGAGAUCAUCCGUUCACCUACUCUGCAUCUUACAAAGACAUGGCGGUUGGAACCAAAAAUCUCAAAUUUGGACUCCUCAGACCAAAGGACAGAUUUCCACCGGUCUAAUGUCCAUUGCUCGUGUUUCUUUGCCCAAGCAAGUCUCUUCUUAUUAUUGGUGUCCUUUAGUAGUGGUUUCUUUGCAGCAAUUUGACCAUGAAGGCCUGAUUCACGCAUUCUCCUCUGAACAGUUGAUGUUGAAAUGUGUCUGUUACUUGAACGCUGUGAAGCAUUUAUUUGGGCUGAAAUUUCUGAGGCUCUAAUGAACUUAUCCUCUGCAGCAGAGGUGACUCUGGGUCUUCCUUUCCUGUCGCGGUCCUCAUGAGAGCCAGUUUCAUCAUAGCGCUUGAUGGUUUUGGUUUUGCGUCUGCACUUUGAAGAAACUUGAAAUGUCCUUGAAAUGUUCCGUAUUGACUGACCUUCAUGUCUUUUUAAAGUAAUGAUGGACUGUCAUUUCUCUUUGCUUAUUUGAGCUGUUCUUGCCAUAAUAUUGACUUGGUCUUUUACCAAAUAGGGCUAUCUUCUGUAUACCACCCCCCUACCUUGUCACAACACAACUGAUUGGCUCAAACACAUUAAAAAGGAAAGAAAUUCCACAAAUUAACUUUUAAGAAGGCACACCUGUUAAUUGAAAUGCAUUCCAGGUGACUACCUCAUGAAGCUGGUUGAGAGAAUGCCGAAAGUGUGCAAAGCUGUCAUCAAGGCAAAGGGUGGCUAUUUGAAGAAUCUCAAAUAUAACAUAUUUUGAUUUGUUGCACCUAUAUUUGUAUAUGUAUGUUUGUAUGUACACUACCAUUCAAACGUUUGGGGUCACUUAGAAAUGUCCAUGUUUUCGAAAGAAAAGCAAUUUUUUUUGUCCAUUAAAAUAACAUCAAAUUGAUCAGAAAUACAGUGUAGACAUUGUUAAUGUUGUAAAUAGCUAUUGUAGCUGGAAACGGCUGAUUUUUAACAGCUGAAAACUGUUGUGCUGAUUAAAGAAGCAAUAAAACUGGCCUUCUUGAGACUAGUUGAGUAUCUGGAGCAUCAGCAAUUGUGGGUUCGAUUACAGAAUCAAAAUGGCCAGAAACAAAUGACUUUCUUCUGAAACUCGUCAGUCUAUUCUUGUUCUGAGAAAUGAAGGCUAUUCCAUGUGAGAAAUUGCCAAGAAACUGAAGAUCUCGUACAACGCUGUGUUCUACUCCCUUCACAGAACAGCGCAAACUGUCUCUAACCAGAAAAGAACGAGGAGUGGGAGGCCCCGGUGCACAACUGAGCAAGAGGUCAAAUACAUUAGUGUCUAGUUUGAGAAACAGACGCCUCACAGGUCCUCAACUGGCAGCUUCAUUAAAUAGUACCCGCAAAACACCAGUCUCAACAUCAACAGUGAAGAGGCGACUCCGGGAUGCUGAUGGCAAAGAAAAAGCCAUAUCUCAGACUGGCCAAUAAAAUAUUAAGAUGGGCAAAAGAACACAGACACUGGACAGAGGAAUAUUUGUAAAAAGUGUUAUGGACAGACGAAUCGAAGUUUGAGGUGUUCGGAUCACAAAGAAGAACAUUUGUGAGACGCAGACCAAAUGAAAAGAUGCUGGAGGAGUGCUUGAUGCCAUCUGUCAAGCAUGGUGGAGGCAAUGUGAUUGUCUGGGGGUGCUUUGGUGGUGGUAAAGUGGGAGAUUUGGACAGGGUAAAAGGGAUCUUGAAGAAGGAAGGCUAUCACUCCAUUUUGCAACGCCAUGGCAUACCCUGUGGACGGCGCUUGAUUGGAGCCAAUUUCCUCCUACAACAGGACAAUGACCCAAAGCACAGCUCCAAACUAUGCAAGAACUAUUUAAGGAAGAAGCAGUCAGCUGGUAUUCUGUCUAUAAUGGAGUGGCCAGCACAGUAACCGGAUCUCAACCCUGUUGAGCUGUUGUGGGAGCAGCUUGACCGUAUGGUACAGAAGAAGUGCCUCUCAAGCCAAUCCAACUUGUGGGAGGUGCUUCAGGAAGCAUGGGGUGAAAUCUCUUCAGAUUACCUCAACAAAUUGACAACUAGAAUGCCAAAGGUCUGCAAGGCUGUAAUUGCUGCAAAUGGAGGAUUCUUUGACGAAAGCAAAGUUUGAAGGACACAAUUAUUAUUUCUAUUAAAAAUCAUUAUUUCUAACCUUGUCAAUGACUACAUUUCCUAUGCAUUUUGCUAUAUUUACUAUUCAAACUAAUUUCAUGUAUGUUUUCAUGGAAAACAAGGAAAUGUCUAAGUGACCCCAAACCUUUGAACGGUUGUAUAUAUAUAUAUAUAUAUAUAUAUAUAUAUAUAUAUAUAUAUAUAUAUAUAUAUAUAUACACACACACACACACACACACACACACACACAGUAUCUCACAAAAGUGAGUACAACUCACAUCUUUGUAAAUAUUUGAGUAUAUCUUUUCAUGUGACAACACUGAAGAAAUGACACUUUGCUACAAUGUAAAGUAGUGAGUGUACAGCUUGUAUAACAGUGUACAUUUGCUGUCCCCUCAAAAUAACACAACACACAGCCAUUAAUGUCUAAACCGCUGGCAACAAAAGUGAAUACACCCCUAAGUGAAAAUGUCCAAAUUGGGCCCAAAGUGUCAAUACUUUGUGUGGCCACCAUCAUUUUCCAGCACUGCCUUAACCCUCUUGGGCAUGGAGUUCACCAGAGCUUUACAGGUUGGCCCACUGGAGUCCUCUUGACGAACAUCGACGGAGCUGGAUGGAUGUUAGAGACCUUGCACUCCCUCCCCAUUCCGUUUUGAGGAUGACCCCACAGAUGUUCACCAAUAAGGGUUUAGGUCUGGAGACAUGGCCUUUGCCAAGUCCCAUCACCUUUACCCUCCAGCUUCAUUAGCAAGGCAGUGGUUGUCGUCUGGAGGUGUGUUUUGGGGGUCGUUAUCUGUUGGAAUACUGCCCUGCUGCCCAGUUCUCCGAAGGGAGGGGAUCAUGCUCUGCUUCAGUAUGUCACAGUACAUGUUGGCAUUCAUGGUUCCCUCAAUGAACUGUAGCUCCCCAGUGCUGGCAGCACUCAUGCAGCCCCAGACCAUGACACUCCCACCACCAUCGCACAACACACUCUCCUGCAUAUAAUAUAAACAUAAUAUGCACUGACGUCAAAGCGACACACUUUUGUUCUGGUUUGGUCGGGGAUCAACCACCUUUGCCGUCACACACGCGGCUCUAACCAUCUGAAGCUAAAGGACCACACGUACCCACUUUGCCUGUCACAACGUUGACCAUCUGAAUCAUCAGUUCUGUCCAUCAACACAUGACAUGGUUCCAGUAAUCAAUGUCCUUAGUCUGCUUGUCUUCAGCAAACUGUUUGCGGCUUUCUUGUGCAUCAUCUUUAGAAGAGGCUUCCUUCUGGGACGACAGCCAUGCAGACCAAUUUGAUGCUGUGUGCAGCGUAUGGUCUGAGCACUGACAGGCUGAUCCCCCACCCCUUCAACCUCUGCAGCAAUGCUGGCAGCACUCAUACGUCUAUUUCCCAAAGACAACCUCUGGAUAUGACGCUGAGCACGUGCACUCAACUUCUUUGGUCGACCAUGGCGAGGCCUGUUCUGAGUGGAACCUGUCCUGUUAAACCGCUGUAUGGUCUUGGCCACUGUGCUGCAGCUCAGUUUCAGGGUCUUGGCAAUCUUCUUAUAGCCCAGGCCAUCUUUAUGUAGAGCAACAAUUCUUUUUUUCAGAUCCUCAGAGAGUUCUUUCUCCAUGAGGUGCCAUGUUGAAUUUCCAGUGACCAGUAUGAGGGAGUGUGAGAGCGAUGACACCAAAUUUAACACACCAGCUCCCCAUUCACACCUGAGACCUUGUAACACUAACGAGUCACAUGACACCUGGGAGGGAAAAUUGCUAAUAUUGACACUUUGGGCCCAAUUUGGACAUUUUCACUUAGGGGUGUACUCACUUUUGUUGCCAGCGGUUUAGACAUGAAUGGCUGUGUGUUGUGUUAUUUUGAGGGGACAGCAAAUUUACACUGUUAUACAAGCUGUACACUCACUACUUUACAUUGUAGCAAAGUGUCAUUUCUUCAGUGUUGUCACAUGAAAAGAUAUACUCAAAUAUUUACAAAAAUGUGAGGGGUGUACUCACUUUUGUGAGAUACUGUAUAUAUCUGUGUGUGUGUGUGUUGUGUAUAUAUAAUGAUGUACCACAAAGGGCUGCAAUGUCUGUUGUGUUUCUGUUGGACACCUUGUGCUUUUUUGUUCACUUUGACAAGAACAUGGCUCAUAUGUGCCCAUAUUAAAAAACAAUUGGUAUUGUUUGUUAAUGUCCGUUCAUACGUUUCCUUACCAGAGCAGAGAGCAGGAAUUCCAAAAACCGCAAAGUAACAGACUACUAUCCCAUAAGGAGAAGCUCCAGGAAAAGCAAAGAAGAGUUGAAGGUGAGAGCAAAGUGCAUUUAUUACCUUGUAAUACUAAAGCAUUGACCACUUCCAUGCUGUUAUCUACCAAAGAUUAAGCAGUGUAAUGUACAGACUAUUGAAAGAUAAACAGACCUAGUGUGAAAUGAGGACCAUGGGUGCAACUCAAUUACAUUUACAUUACAUUUACGUCAUUUAGCAGACACUCUUAUCCAGAGCGACUUACAAAUGUUUUUUUUUUUUUUUUUUGGGGGGGGGGGGUGGGGUAGAAGGAUUACUUUAUAUAUCAAUAUUAGCAAGGUGUUCCUAAUGUUUGGUAUACUCAGUGUAUAUCCCUGUCUGAUUCCCAGUUCGUCCACUCGAUCAGGGUUUCCCAAACUCGGUCCUGGGUUCCCCCCUGGGUGCACGUUUGGGUUUUUGCCCUAUUACUACACAGCUGAUUCAAAUAACCAACUCAUCAAGCUUUGAUUAUUUGAUUUAGCUGUGUAGUGCUAGGGCAAAAGCCAAAACGUGCACCCAGGGGGGGCCCCAGGACCGAGUUUGGGAAACCCUAGAUGGCAGUAGAUCACAUGACGUCUCUUGGCCACUUGAAACCAGUUUGAGUCUGGUUUGGGUAGUGAGUCACUGUGCCAAAAUGGCUGAACGGAUGUUCAAGCCUGACAUCUUAAGCAAUCGUUUUGUUUGCAAUAACGCUGGACCAAAUCUGAACUAAUCAUAGAGGUCUGUUUCACAAGUUUGUCCAGCACAGUACAGUACAGUAGAGCAGGGGCUCCCAAACCUAUUCUCUCUGGGGGGCCCCGCGCCCCCCAUGCACACACCAUGUCUAUUUUUAUGGCACAAGCACUGUUCAUGACACAAACUGUUCACACUCUUCUUGUUGGUGGAGAGAAUUUUGCAUAUUUUUAAAGCUUAUUUCCUGCAAUUCUCUAAAUUUUUCCAUGUCUAAUGUUUAUUAAUGUGAUAUUUGAGUGACAGAAUUACAACAAUAUCUAUGGGCUAAAAAAUAAAAAAAUAAAAACCAUUAGCUGACAUGAGCUAGUUGAUCUGGACAUUUCUGACAGGUUUUAUAAAUAGCUCUCUAAGGUAUGCAAUGACUAACAUGACAAGAGGAACUGAUGAUGCACUACCCAAUUUUGAAAUUGCAACUUUCAAGAAUAAGCUUAACGCCGGACAGAGUUCCUUUAAAAAAGACCCCUCGUGCCCCCCACAGUUUGGGAACCACUGCAGUAGACUACAAUAUAGAGCUGGGAUGAUAAACCGGAAAUUACAGACACUGACAUUGCUUUCCUCUUACCGAAGCAUUUCGCUUAGGUCAGUGAUUUUGCUACACAACAUUCCUGUAGAUUGUUAUAAAACCAUUAUUUUGUCAACAGUGAUGGCCUAUGCCUUAUGUUGAUUCCUGCUAUGUAAGUAUCUGCCUGUCCCUGUUUUGCUGCUGACUCAAUCCCUCUUCCGACUACACACGGAGGAGGGAGAGCUGCAUUCUGAGAAGAACAAGCAUAUGACCGUUGCUUAAAAUGCUAUUGUGUGCGAAAAUACCGUUUUCAAAGCAACUACUGUUCUGGUUACAGAGAGGAGAAUCACAGCUUUCUGUGAGUAUAAUGUAUUUCUCACCUCUUAAUAUUGAGUUCAUGGCACAACUCUACAAUCGGAGUAGGCUGUGUAGUAUGGUUUUGAUGUGCCUAGCACUGGAAAGUUUUUGUAGGACAUUAGUCUACAUUUACUGGCUAUCUAGCAACAAUAUCAUAUUUAGAGUUAGCAAACUAGCUUAGUGUUUUGAGUUUCCACUUCCUCAAGUUGUAGAUAACAGCCUAAAUGCCAAUAUGCACAAAGAUGUCUGCCAAUUCUCUUAAGAGCCCCAAAUAAAUCGGAUCGUUCUUGAUCGUAUUUUGAUAGUUUGCACAUCAAAAUAUCAAUCAUGCAUUUCCUGGAUAUGUUAGAUGAAUUAGCUUUAUUUUUUAAAUCAUAGGCUACCAGCUGUUUUACUUGGCACUGGAAAUAAUUGUCUAGAGCCCUGCCGCUAAUGUAAAGGAACUGUCCAAACAAAUGUUAUCGUUGUAUUUGUUGUUAAUGAGCAAAAUGGUUACAUUAUCACAAUAUUACUUUUUAUCCAUAUCCCCAAGCUCUAGCAACUCCCCGAAAAAUCAUUUAUUGGACGUUAUCGCUGAUUUAUUGUCCAUAUGGCCCAGCUCUAGUACAGUAAAGUAGUGUAGUUCAGUGUACAGUACUGAGAGUUCAGUACAGUACACAAGAGCACACGAGUUGAGUACAUUAUACUGUACUGAACUAUACUGAACUGUACUGUCCUCUACUGUGUUGUACUUUAUAUGUCCUAACUUGUGAAACAUGGACGUCUAUGAUUGGUUCAGAUUUGGUCUUGUUUGGCGGCGUAGCUCAUUAAUAUAUUAGUGUGUAGAAUAAUACCCAAAUAUGCGAUAUUGCAUAUUUCUAUUGUUGUGUAUCGCCAUGAAGAGAAUGACUUUCAUAUCCAUAAUUAUACAUUUCUGUGUAGUACAGAUUAGGGACCCAAGAUGAAAUUCUGUUACCGCAAUUCCGUUACCGGGUAUAAAUUCACUUCACUUACUGCAGUCAAAUAACCAAAAUAUAUGUUUUUCAAAGUCAAGGUGUCAUGUCAUAGCUGACACCCCAUUAUUUCUGUAGACGUCUUUUGAAUCUUAAUCUGGAGCAGAUAUUUAAUUAUUUUUUUUAACUGAGGGAGAUUUUACCUAAAUUCUGUUACCAAACUUUGCAUCUGCACAGUUCUUCCAGUAAAUGUGUUUUUGUAAAAUGUUCAGUGUAAAUUGUUAAAAGUAGUCCUUGUGCAUAGAGUUGUUUGAUUUGUUAAACUUUUGAAAUCAAUGGUUUUAGUUUGGCAUACAUUUUAAGUGAAAAAUCGGUGGAAUUGCCCAAUUACAGUAUGGGGAGCACAGAUAGAACACAGCAUAGUGUUAGCUGGCUGGCUGGCUGCUAUUGCCUGAGCAGAGAAUAGAUUAGAUGAUGACUUUAAGGAAUGAAAAAUAAUGGUAAUCAAAUAAAAACUAAAACUAAGUAAUAUACACUAUUGCAAUAUUGUAUUAUUUCAUAGUAAUUUCCUAUUUUUCUAUUGAUGUCUACCCAAUGUGGACCUGACAGAGAAUGUUCACUAUUUUUGGCUUUGGAAUUUCCAUGAAAAAGCGGAAAUAAUUUUGACAUUAUUGCAUUCUUUUAAUAACCGAAGAAACUGAAACAACCUCAAAGCACUAAUCGCUCAGCACUAGUAACUUUGCAGUGUAACAUUGUCCUUUCUAAAUAAAAAGGUUAAUUAAACGUGAGAUUAACUAUAAUGCCAUUAGCAACUGUGAAUAAGGACUUGUGUUCCUUCAAAUAUGUGGAGCCAAAUUUUCAAUUUCUUAUUACAGUCUUAUUACAUGGUCAUUACAUGUCCUCUAUGCUUGGAUUCUCUUACAGUGUGAACAAAAGAAACACAUCGAUGAUCUGAUCAUAAAUGGGAUCGAGGAAGGAAUGGAGGUACACUCAUUGAUCACAGUGCUUAGCCAUUCAGACUGGGAGGCCCUGUAUUUGAAAACCUUGCUGCUAUGUUCAUACUGUUCAUACUGACAUAUCAUGAAAUGAAUCACACAGUUUUCAGAGGAAAAUAGUGUGAUACUAAGUUACUUUUAUUGCAAUACAGUGCAUUCGAAAAGUAUUCAGACCCCUUGACCUUUUCCACAUUUUGUUAAGUUACAGCCUUAUUCUAAAAUGUAUUAAUUGUUUUGCAUCAAUCUACACACAAUACCCCAUAAUGACGAAGUGAAAACAGUUUUUUUUUGUGUGUGCAAAUCAAAUACAAACCUUUGUUCAGAUCCUUUGCUAUGAUACUCGAAAUUGAGCUCAGGUGCAUCCUGUUUCCAUUGAUCAUCCUUGAGAUGUUUCUACAACUUGAUUGGAGUCCACCUGUGGUAAAUUCAAUUGAUUGGACAUGAUUUGGAAAGGCACACACCUGUCUACAUAAGGUCCCACAGUUGACAGUGCAUGUCAGAGCAAAAACCAAGCCAUGAGGUCGAAGGAUUUGUCCGUAGAGCUCUGAGACAGGAUUGUGUCGAGGCACAGAUCUUGGGAAUGGUACCAAAAAAUGUCUGCAGCAUUGAAGGUCCCCAAGAACACAGUGACCUCCAUCAUUCUUAAAUGGAAAAGGUUUGGAACCACCAAGACUUCCUAGAGCUGGCCGCCCGGCCAAACUGGCAGGGACUGGGAGACUAGUCGGGAUCGAGGGAAAGAUGAACGGAACAAAGUACAGCGAGAUCCUUGAUGAAAACCUGCUCCAGAGCACUCAGGACCUCAGACUGGGGCGAAGGUUCACCUUACCAACAGGACAAUGACCCUAAGCACACAGCCAAGAAAACGCAGGAGUGGCUUCGGGACAAGUCUCUGAAUGUCCUUGAGUGGCCCAGCCAUAGCCCGGACUUGAACCCGAUCUAAUAUCUCUGGAGAGACAUGAAAAUAGCUGUGCAGCGACACUCCCCAUCCUGACAGAGCUUAAGAGGAUCUGCAGAGAAGAAUGGGAGAAACUCCCCAAAUACUGGUGUGCCUGAGUAAAGGGUCUGAAUACUUAUGUAAAUGUGAUAUUUCCGUUUUUCUUUUUAUAACUUUGCCCACAUUUCUAAAAACCUGUUUUUGCAUAGUCAUUAUGGGUGUAUUGUGUGUAGAUUGAAAAAACGAUUUAAUCAAUUUUAGAAUACGGCUGUAACAAAAUGUGGAAAAGGUCAAGGGGUCUGAAUACUUUCUCAAUGCACUGUAUAUUUCUUCCCCAAAUGGUACAGGUGCAGCAUAUAGAGGGGAAGGGUCGAGGAGUGUUUGCCACCCAGUGUUUCCAUAAGGGCCAGUAUGUAGUGGAGUACCAUGGAGACCUGCUGCAGAUCACCGACGCCAAAACGAGGGAGGCCGAGUACGCUCUUAACCCUGCCACCGGCUGCUACAUGUACUACUUUCAGUAUCUCUGCAAAACAUACUGGUAGGUCAAACCACUAUCUCUCUUAUUUGUGUGUGGAAUCUCUGGUAUAGCCGCAAAACAAUUUAAAUUUCUCACUGUUUGCUGCUCACUAAUGCAGUCUUUGUUUUAGUUUCAUGAUGUAAUAACUUUGUUAGAUUAACCUAAUAUCAGGGGCUUUUUUCAACUGCUUCUCCCUCUAGUGUGGACGCCACGAAAGAAACGGGUCGCAUGGGCCGUCUGAUCAACCACAGUAAGAACGGCAACUGUCAAACCAAACUCCAUGACAUCAAUGGGAUGCCUCACCUCAUCCUGGUGGCAUCGCGAGACGUCGAUGAGGGCGAGGAGCUGCUCUACGACUAUGGCGACCGCAGCAAAGCUUCCAUCGCAGCCCACCCCUGGCUCAAACAGUGAUGGAGACAUGAUCCAGCUCAAAGAAAAGGGAAAAUGCUAACACCUUGGUUUCUUAAUAGAUCGUUUUUUAAAUGUAGAAAUUGCCUUAGCAACAGAAUGUGUCACCACAUAUUUUUUUCGAAGGGGAGGGGAUAGUUUGUGUGUGUACUUAGGGGGGAGGGAGUUUAAGGAGGGUGGGGUAGGUUACAGUGACUUAAACACAUUUAGAUUGAGGUACACCUUCUAAAUGUCUGGCGACAUCAAUACUUUUAAUAUAUUUAUCAGUCUAUAUGAAACAUGCUAGUUUUCUCCAGCACAUUUCUUUUUGUAUAU